GUGCUUGUCCCAGUCUUGUCCCCUGACUGCAUGGACAAGGUGCCUCAAAUGUGCCGCUAUUGCUACCGACAGCUUUAGCUUGCCUUUGUCCAUAAUUCAUGCGUUCGUUUGUGUUAGAGGCACCCACAAGCCAAAUUCUCCUCUUCCAGCUCCUACCUUUCUCCUUCUUAUUAUUCCACGACUCACCAUAUAUACUACCAAGUCUAUAAAAUACACUCCUCCCCAUUCUCACCUCACCAGAAGAAAACAAACACAUCUUUCCUCCAUCCCCCCUCUGCAACCAAAACAGAACCCAGAAGAAAAAAAGGACCUAAACCAUAGUUAUACUCUAUCAGAAGAAUUCUGAUUCUUACACAGCGACUUGCUAAGUCAGUUGAGAAGAAAUGGAAGGUGGUGUUGCAUAUGAGAACGGCUUGAACUUCAAGGCAACCGAGCUUACGCUUGGAUUGCCAGGGUCAGGAGAAACUGAAGGGCAAGGUGGUGUUAGAAACAAUAACAAGCGACCUAUGCCUACUCCUGAGACGAAUGAAGAAGAGAGCCAAGCCCAUAAGGCUGCAGACAGAGGAAGUACUGCCCCUGCUGCCAAAAUGUUAUGCAGGGCACAGAUUGUUGGGUGGCCACCAAUCAGAUCUUACAGAAAGAACAGCUUGCAGGCAAAGAACAGUGAAGGUGAAGCUAGUGGGAUGUACGUGAAAGUAAGCAUGGAUGGUGCACCGUAUCUAAGGAAGAUUGAUCUUAAGGUGUACAGAGACUACCCUGAACUCCUUAAAGCAUUGGAAGCCAUGUUCAAGUUUGCUGCCGGUGUCUACUCUGAAAGAGAAGGCUACAAAGGAUCUGAGUACGUACCAACUUAUGAAGACAAAGAUGGGGACUGGAUGCUUGUUGGAGAUGUGCCAUGGGACAUGUUCAUGUCAUCCUGUAAAAGGCUGAGAAUCAUGAAAGGAUCGGAAGCAAGAGGGUUGGGUUGUGGUGUUUGAAAAAUUCCCAGUCAAGCUGUAACCACAGCAUAGCAAACCCACAGGUAGAGAAAGGGCAAGAUAUGCAUUUCUUACCCAAGGAAGUCUUAUAGAGAGCUCUUUCAGCCUGGCCAGGUUUCGCCAUGACAGGGAACUCAUCAAAAUUCUAACCCCCAUCCCCGCCGGGAGCUGCUAGAUCUCUGCAGUUGCACAAAGUAGCAGGAAAACUUGAGGCAUCAGUGUGAAAUUGGAAGUUGCGGUUUCUUCUUUAAGAGUAUGUAAGAAGGGGGGAAAACAAGCUAAGAUUUACAGAUGGUGGUGGUUUUGGGCACCCCUGUACGUGGGUGCUAUUUUGUGAUGUGUGUUCAUGAAAGUUCUGAAAUUUCACAUGUGAAGCUGUUUUUUGCUUCAGUUACUUUAGAUGCAGAUCGUGUAAAUCAGUAUGUGAAUAGGAAAGAAAGAAACACAAGAACGCCAACAAGUUUUUUUGGUUAUGAGAUACACACGGCCUUACAAAUUCAAUACACCACUGUUUGUUAUGAUUUUCCAGGCAAAUCUUUAACUUUUAUAUAUUGUCCACUUCCACCUUGUAAAUCCAUGCGAGUUCUUGCUUCUGACUUUUGAGGAAUUGGUGCACAUAAGGAAACUAAACUAUACCAGACAGCUAGCACAUAAACGCCAACCGAAAUUUUUCAGGGUUUAACUGCCACUACAUAAUUACAAUCAUUCAACAAACAUACCAGACAGCUAGCAACAACUAAUUAACAUCAAGAGGAAAGAAAGAAAGAAAGAAAGGAAAGUCGCACCACAAGUUACUUGGUUUUAGAUGGUUCAUAAGUUCCUUCUUUGAAGCAAGAGAGGAGAUAGAUGGGAGACUUCACGCAACUGUAGAAGCAUGAUGAUUCUACACUUCAAAUUAUGGGAAAUAAAUUCAAAACCCUAACAUAACACAUCUGUUUGUUCAUUGAUUGACAGUUCAACUGGGUAACCAUUUCAGAAGCAGGUAAUGAACUUACACAGAAAUGAAGGUACUCUAUUGUCUUCUAUGUUAAUCUCUCUCUUUCUAUUCC